UCUUUCACUUUGUUCUAUUGUUGAUGAGUGCUCUAUCGAGCUUCUACACGUCAAGGAUAUUUUUACUCAUAGCAUCAUUCAUUACCUAGAAACUGUGGGAAUUGGGAAACUGUGCACAUAAUUGAAAUGCAGCAUGCUUGGACUUUUGUCAGGAUGCCAGUGAAUGACAUCUGCUUUUCCUAAAGAGAAGGGAAACAGUUUGGCUUUUCAGGGGGAUUCUACCAAUGGAAAAUGAAGUAGAAGAUAACCAGUUCAGAAUGUCCAUCCUGGAGCGCCUGGAGCAGAUGGAGAGACGGAUGGCAGAGAUGGCCUCCCAUCACCAGCAGAGCAGUGGAGGAGGUGCAGGGGCAGGAGGAGGAGCAGGAGCAGGUGGAGGAGGAGGUGGUGGUGGUAACAACAGCCAGACACAGUGUGUGUCAGGGCAGGGUCAGGCGGGCAGCAGCUUUGAGAGCCGUGUGGUGGUGGUGUGUGAGAAGAUGAUGAACCGGGCCUGCUGGGCCAAGUCCAAACACCUGAUCCACUCCAAGACCUUCAGGGGCAUGACCCUGCUCCACCUGGCCGCUGGGCAGGGCUACGCCACCCUCAUCCAGACACUCAUCAAGUGGCGCACCAAGCAUGCAGACAGCAUUGACCUGGAGUUGGAGGUAGACCCCCUCAAUGUGGACCACUUCUCCUGCACCCCUCUGAUGUGGGCGUGUGCCCUAGGUCACCUGGAAGCGGCAGUGGUCCUGUAUAAAUGGGACCGACGGGCCCUGGCCAUCCCUGACUCCUUGGGACGCCUGCCCCUGUCCAUCGCCCGCUCCCGCGGCCACACCAAGCUGGCCGAGUGUCUGGAGCAGCUGCAGAGAGAGGAACAGCAGCCCCCUGCACCUCUGCCCCCCACCACACGCAUGUCCUUCUCCCCCACCCCCCACGACGUUCCCACCUCAGACAGCUGGAUGGUCACAUGGGCCAGCGACGGCGUAAUGGCGCCCGGCGGAAAGAAAGGAGGCGCCACCUCGAGCAACCUCAACCCAGACUUGAGAAGGCCACGAUCCGAGCCCUCCAACUACUACAGCAGUGAGUGCCAGCGAGACCUGCCCCUGGCCAAGAAACACAAGCCCAACCCAGAGAUGUUCCAGGCCCGGCCCGACAAGGCCAUGUCUGUCCCACUGAGCCUGGAGCAGCAGCAGCUACACAAGCUGUCCUUCAGCCCCAAGAGCCUGUCCCAUGAGGGCCUCAGCCCAGACAAGAGCCUCUCCGGUGGGGGAAGUGCUGGAGAAGCUGGAGGAGCCAAGUGGCGCUCCAGGGAGGGUUUCUCCAGUGGGGGCUCAGGCAGGAAGGGCUCGGGGGGCUCUGGGGGCAGCAGCCUGGGAAAGGAGAAGCUGGCUAGCAGGCUGAGACAGAGGGAACAGCUGGGGAACAUGCUGGUGAUGGCUGAGAGAGAGAUGGUGAGCACUGAGCUGCUGUCCUACAGAGAAGAUCUGGAGAACCAGGACUGUAUGACACAGAUGAACGACCUGCAGGUGAACAUGAUGACUCUGGCAGAGCACAUCAUUGAGGCGACCCCAGAGAGGAUCAAGAGGGAGAACUUUGUGGCCCUGGACGGGGUGCCCCUGGACAGUACUGGGGUCAGCAACACCAUGAGCUGGUUGGCCAGUUACCUCGGAGACGUGGAACAGCUGCCCAGCAUUAUACAUCUACGAUCUCUGUACAGUGGACCUCUCGCUCCGUCCUCCAGCCCAGGGGGGUCUCCCCUGAGGGAGGGGUCCAUGGAGAGGCCCACCCUGCCCCCCCCGGCCGACUGGAGCGAGUUCCUCCAGGCCUCCAACAGCAAGGUGGAGAGAGACCUGGCCCAGCUCACCCUGUCCGACCCUGAGCAGAGGGAGCUGUACGAGGCCGCCCGUCUGGUCCAAACUGCUUUCCGCAAGUACAAGGGACGCCCAUUCAGAGAUCAACAGGAAGUAGCUGCGGCUGUCAUUCAGCGUUGUUACAAGAAGUACAAACAGCUUACAUGGAUAGCCUUGAAGUAUGCACUUUAUAAGAAGAUGACGCAGGCCGCCAUUCUUAUCCAGAGUAAGUUCCGCAGCUACCACGAGCAGAAGAAGUUCCAACAGAGCAGGCGGGCGGCCGUGCUGAUCCAGCAAUACUACCGCGGUACAGGAGUUUGGCAGGCUCAGGCCCACCACAGAGGAGCCGCCGCCGCCCUGGUGCAACACAAACUCAGAAGUAGUCUGCUCACUAAGAGGCAGGAUCAGGCUGCCAGGAAGAUCAUGCGGUUUCUACGCCGCUGCCGCCACAGCCCCUUGAUGGACCAUAGACUGUUCAAGCGGAGUGAACGAAUCGAAAAGGGCCAAGGAACAUGAGAACCCUCAGAAGAGCCCCCUCACAAUGUGACAUCACUCUCCUCCUUUUCUUUCCCCCCUUUGUACCCAAGACAUUUUACAGGAGAAGAAAAUAAACAGUUCAGUGAAAACACUGCGAUUAUUAUUACGACUAUGGCAGCGUGACUGAUUCCACUUCUAUUACAUGUACAACAACAACAGCAUUUUUCACGUUUAUCUAUCGUUGUGUAUGUUGGAGAGUGGCAACUUCUUCUGUAGAAUUCUAAAGUAAAGGAGAAGAAGCUGUGGGGGGCAGAACAUUAGCUUCAUGACAUUUUUUGCACUUUUUCAUGGAUUGUUUUGUCUUUUUGGGAGUAUCGGAGUCUAGGUUUUUAGAUGGUAAAGGAAGAGGAAUGUUGGACAUGUUGAAAAGGUCCCUGCCAUCAGUGGAUCAAACCAAAAGGAUAAGAUGGAGGACACCUAGGAUGGAGGACAGACGCCGGCCAGAACAUAAGGAAACAUUACAGAAACACAUUGGGACAUGGCUCUAAUUGUAUUUCAUAAUUUUUUAAGUGAACUGAUUCAUCCAUUUGAAGGAGAAAACAUGUCAUCUAAUGAACCAAACAUUCUCGGUAAUAUAUUGAUCCAUUUGCAAACUUACUCUCCCUAUCAACAGUAUGUGAAUACAUUCAGUAUAGUAACUGAAAAUAGAUCAAGCCUCCUUCUGUUACGCUGUGUUCUACUCCGCCAGUCAGUCCGAAGGGGUGGGGCUGCAUAUGAAUGUAGGAGGGGUGUGAGAAGGAAUGGGCGGGGCUUAUUAAAAGAAUGGCUUAUUUUGUUAUCUUCAUUUAGGGGGCACUGUGAGGCAAGAGAUAAAGGGAUUCAAUUGUGUGGUUUUUAAAAAAUAUAUGUUUAAUUCCUCUUUGCUUGAAUCUGUUCCGUGCUUAUACCCAUUACCGGUAUAACUGACUUGUCUCCUAAAAAUUAUGUGUUGUCGAUUUUAUCAAAUGUGCAUGCCUAUGGGUGAAAGUCUUCGCCUGCGUGCUUGAAAUUAGGUCUGUAACCUCUGUUUUUCAAUGUUUUGCGUUUUGUCUUCAUGUUAAAAUGCAACAGAGUCUCCCAUGUACCCACCUACUUCCCCAAGAGUCAUUCAUACCCUCUAGUUACUGAAUGAUACCAACAUUGUCCUCUUCUUUUCUUUUUUAUUUGCCUUAUUUGUUUACUCAGUAUUCUAAAAAGAAAGAAAACUUGCCUCUUUUGUGUUGUAAUGAUAACAGUCAUGAAGGUUAUUGUUGUUCUUUUUAAAUGAACUUCAGGGCCUGUGAGGGCUUUUGAGGGGAAGAUCACAUACAUUGCCUUGACGUCUUAGAGAUUCUUUGAGGGGUCCCUAAGCUAGUCCCAAAAUAGGGGUUAGACAAAUCCAUAUUUUUGACAAUUGAGCGGUUUCUGUAUAUAAAGAAGGCUGAAGGUACGUAGGGAAAACAUUUACCCAAAGGGGAUUGUAUUUUAGAAAUAUAUUAUUUUAUUCAUUAAAAAGGGGUCAAAAACAGGUACGAGACAAAAACAGAAUAUUUGUAUAGUUUUGUUUGAAUGCCUAAGAAGUAUGGUUGUAUUGAUUGUAUAUAGUGUAAAUACCUGGGAUAAAAAUGAGCUAUGUGCAUGAAAAACAUGAACAAAGGUUUAAAAAACACUAAACAAAAGCAGUAGUGGCUAUGCUCUGUAAAAUGAUUCUAACUAUUUCACUAUAAGAGUAUUUUAUUUUAUUUUGAUUGUUCUUGAGAAGAACAUUUUGCUAAAGCAUGACAUUAUUGCGAAUACUAAAAAGUUUAAAAAAAAGAUAUAUAAUGUAUUUAGAGAUAGGAGAAAUCUGCAAAAUUAUCUUAAGACAAUUAUGGUUAUGUUUACAUUUUUGUUUUGGGCUACCAAGAAUCUUUUGCCAAUGGUGCCAAGUAAUGUGAAUGCUAUAUUGCUUAACAAGAGAAUUAAGUUAAUCUUAUCAGAACAGAUAAUCAUACAAUGAAAUAGACACUAGCAUUGAAGACCACAAGGUCCCAUCACGACUGGCAGCGAAUCACAGAUAGAGAUACACAUUGCAGAGGGAGAAAUAUUUCUACAGCAACUUUUAAGUCUCUCGUUUCUCAUCCAUUAUCACACGUCAGAACAACCCAAGAUUAUUUUGCCAUCUUCACCAAAUACACAGGGAUCACUUUGUCAGUAACAUUUCAAAUGCAAAAGAAAUGUGUGCUUUAUUUUAUCCGUAUGAGAGAAGCGUUGUGGUGUCAAUGUCUCUUAGCAUGUUCGUAUGGAUUGUGUUCAUAUAAAGAUUGUAAAUGGCAACCUUGUCUAUGGGAAUCUCAGCCCUGUUUUUUUAUUUUUUAUAAUUGAGGUUGAUUGAACAUGUGUUUCAUAGGACAACUCACAGGUGAUGAAAUAGACGAUAUCAACUUAUCAAACUGCUGACACAAGACAUUUGUUUUUAAGUUUGGGCUGAAGCUUAACUUUACCAAGGAUGUCAGGGUCUGGACAGACCAGAAUUAUUUAUUGUCAACAUGUAAUGUGGCCACAGUGAAUGAUGUGUAGCAUCGCUGGUAUUCUUUGUAAAAGUAAAUGAGUCAUUUACUUGCAGAAGGAACACUUUAAACAAUCGAAAGUGCUAUAAAAAAAAAGAACGGAUGGGGUUAUGAGGAAACACAUGAACCAUUAUGGAUCAUUGCAGCUAAGUCAAUGAGCCAAAGGGAGUGAUCUGUAAACGUAACAAGAUGCACCACUACUAUUAUAGCAACUUCUGAGGAAGAAUACAAUGUAUGUGUCUGGUUCAUAAUGGGAUAUGUGAGGGCAGUGUUUGAAAGAUGAUGAAAUGAAAUGUGGGAUGUGGGAACAGACCCAUUGAUACCAGUUGAUUAUACUGUAUCUAUGAAUGCAUGAUAGAGACUAUCCAAUGGUAUUCAAUCCUAGUCCAUAAGUGUCUGCUGGUUCUUGCAGUUUUGCUGAAAUAUAUUAUAUUCCUAUAAGAACAUGCCAUUGGACAAUUACAUUUUGUUGUUUUAAUUGCUGAAUUUCAUCUCAGACACUGUUGGCUGUUCUGAUGUUUUUAUUUUUAUGUACCUCUGGGUUUAUUUGUCUGUAUGUUUGUGUUUAUUUCACAGAGACUUGAUAUGUAAACCUAUUUUCAGAGUGUUUAUGUAGAAAGUGCCUAAUCAUAUCCUGAUUGAUCGCACAAAGCCAAUGUCAGGAAGCAUGCAAGGUACCUAAGGAGGAAAACAUGGCUUUGGAGAUACCAAUAGCAAGUGAUCCAUCAUUCUUUAGGACUACUGUAUAUCAAGUACAUACAAUAUAUCAAUCCAAAACCAUCACCAAAAUCAGUCAGGUGGCAGUGUUCCCUUAACCCACGGAGCGCAUUCCAUCUUGUCAACAUUCUAAGCGUUUUCAUUUUCUAUUGGAACUGCCUGUUGAAACCAUGAGAAUUAGAUUCCAUAACUUCUGUGGUUUUAUUGCCUUGCAUUCAUCAUUCUGGUAGUGGUAAGAAUGCCAGCCAAUACACUGCUGUGGCCAUAUGAGAAGGUUUUAUUAUGCUUGCAUGGGUAAAAUAGUUAACUGGGUGACUGAACUGCACCCAAAGCAUGCUUAUUUUUCUAGAAUCGGUAGUCAGACUUUUAAAGACUUGCUGUUCUGUAAAACGAAGAACGUUGGUUUGACGUGUCACAGAACUCUGAAAGACGGAGGGCAUGUGAUUGGAGGGAAGAGGAGAACCCUUAAAAUACAAACUAUGAUCAAUCUGCAGUAUUUACUGACCAUAUUUCCAGGGGUAGCAUGAGGGCAAGUUUUUCUAGAAGCAAGUUUAAACUUUUUUUUAACACAUUUUAUUUUUCAUUCAUUUGGAUCUAGAGAUAGUGUGCUCUCAACUUCAAAUACCUGAACAGUUUGGACACUCUUUUGGCAGUUUACUGCAAGUAUUUUACUAGACAACAAUACACACACACACACACACACACACACACACACACAGGAAACAGUACACUGCACUGGACACAUCCAGAUAUACAGAUAGGUAUGUCAAGGCACAGUCAGUAUCACUUGUACACAGUUCAGCAGAUGGAGCUCAUCAUGUGUUAUUUUCCUAGCCUGCUCCUAGUCCUAGGGAACGGCUGACCUCCCUUCCGUCUUUUACUCAGGGUGCCAAAAUGGGGAGGAGGAAGUGGAGCAGGACACUGAUUGGUGAUUCACUGCAGAGAGAGGACAUACUGUAUUGAAAUAGGAUAGGAAGAUGCAACGCCCCUCAACAGAGCUUUCUGGUCAAGACAGGCAAAUGAUUACUAUGAUCCUGGAUACAUUGCUGUUAUCCAUUUCCUCUCAGAUAAGUAAGCUGAACUGAGGAGAGAUGUAAGGACACUAAAUCAAAAAUAGGGGAUACAAAACAUUGUAGUGUAGCUAAUUAUAAUUGAGACAAGUUGAUCACAAUUGACAGUAUGGUCAAUUAUUUCUGUUUUGGCUAUAGCUCAGACAGAAAGGAGUUUGCAUUAUGGGACACUAUGGCUUAAAGUCUAAUGGAAAUGCUUAACUUUCUUUUAUAGACUAUGCUAAUGAGUAUAGUAACAUUUCAACCUUUGACCUCCUCUGACUUGAUGUUUCUCAGUAAAACAAGGACUUGCUAUAUAAAAAUAUCACACACAGCU